GCUGCACAGCUCCUUGGAAAAUGUCAGCAUACUUGCGAUAGCCCACGAUGAACGUCUUCAAACUACUCUCCCGAGCUCCAAAGGCGGUGCAGUCGGCGCCAACUCAGAAAUUACCGUCGUCGGGCGCCGCUGCGAACCCGCAGUUGUUUGGUCGCGACCAGUCCGAACGAGCGCCAGAUAGCUCCACAAAGAGUAGGAAGCGGAAACGGGGACAAGAUGCUGGAGAGGAAGAGCAGGAUUUGCCGCCUGCUUUAGACUUCUUCAGUUGGCCGUCGGAAGGAAAGAAGCGGAAGCGGAAAAAUGGGGCGUCUACAGAGGCCAGAGGAGGGGAGGAGGAUACAGAGGAGGCUACAUAUGGACAUGCUGUGUUGGAGCCCCGGACAGAUGCUACGGAAGAGGAUGUAUACGACGAGGCCGAAUGCAAACGUAUUCUGAGAUCCCAUAAGCUGAAGAUUGUGGUGCUGGAGGAUUUUGCUGGACAGGACGAGAGCCUUCUUAAGCAAAAGAAGGAAAAGAAAGAGAAGAAGAAGUCAAAGAAGCGGAAACAUGAAGAGGAGGAGGCGCAGAAGAAGUCAAAGAAGAAGGAUAAGAAACAGCUGUUUCCCCGCCCGUUGGAAUCGUUCGCUCAGCUGAGGACGAGAUACGGCAUAUCGCGGAAACUUGCGCAGAAUAUAGAAGAGCAGGGAUAUACAAUGCCUACCGAGGUACAAUUGGGGACGCUGCCGUUAUUGCUGGGUUCUAAGAAGGCUGAGAAAGAAGAUGAGGCAGCGGAAUCGGUGGGCGAGGAGUUCCAGGAGAGAUUUAUGAAUGGCGAUAUUGAUCUUCUGACUGUUGCGCCUACUGGAAGUGGGAAGACUAUUGCCUUUCUCAUACCGAUUAUCAACGGACUCCUCUCGGAGGCGAAGAACACGACAAGCCCCAACCCUGGUCCCCGCGCGAUUGUGCUUGCGCCGACAAGGGAACUGGCAUCGCAGAUAGUCAACGAAGCCCGAAAAUUGGCAAAAGGGACUGGAAUUAAGAGUGCUCUCAUGAAGAAGGGUAUGGAGGUUGUGCAAAGAUCAGAUGAGGAAGGCAGCCAGGCUUCACUGUCCGAGGAUGAGGUCGAGAAGACGCCUCAUGCACAGAAGAGAACACGCAAGAGAGCGGAUGUGGUCAAGGCAGCUAUACUAGUUGCAACCCCUCUCGCCCUGCUGAACGCAUUAAGACUAAGAGGUGACAAGUUCGCCGAGUUACCGAGCGUUAACCGUCUUGUCCUCGACGAGGCCGAUGUCCUUCUGGAUCCCUUGUUCCGCGAGCAAGCCUUAUCCAUUUGGAACUCCUGCACGAAUCCUGCACUUCGUGUUGGACUGUGGUCUGCGACAAUGGGGUCCAGCAUUGAAUCCCUGGUCAUAGACACUCUGAACUCGCGCUGGAACUCUUUACCUUCAACGCCCGCUCUGCCGCCCCGCUCACCUCUCGUCCGUGUCGUCGUCGGACUCAAGGAUACUGCGAUUCCGAAUAUAUCGCAUAAGCUAAUCUACGCUGCAACCGAGCAAGGCAAACUUCUCGGACUCCGUCAACUACUCCAUCCAACUGCACUACCGUCUGACGGUUCCGCACCUUCACUUCGCCCUCCAUUCCUGGUGUUCACUCAAACUAUACCCCGCGCCACGGCCCUGCAUUCCGAACUCCUAUACGACAUUCCCCCAGAAGCCGGUGGCUCCUCCAGAAUCGCGGUUCUGCAUGCCAACCUCUCAUCGUCUGCACGAUCAAACAUCAUGACACGUUUCCGCCGCGGCGAGAUCUGGGUCCUUAUCACGACUGAUCUCCUAGCUCGUGGCGUCGACUUCCGCGGUCUGAAUGGGGUCGUGAAUUAUGAUGUGCCCAACUCAGCGGCAGCCUAUGUACACAGAGUAGGUAGGACGGGCCGCGCCGGCCGCGAAGGCGGUGUGGCAGUGACCUACUACACUAAAGAGGAUAUCCCGUAUAUCAAGAACAUUGCCAACGUCAUCCGGGCGUCUGAGAAACUGCGCGGCGAGGGCGAAGGCAAGGCCACGAUCCAACAGUGGCUUCUUGAUGCGUUGCCCACGCCGACGAAACGGGAGAAGCAGCGGUUGAAGAAGAGGGGUGUUGAGGCGAGACGGACGGUGAAGGACCAGGACGGGAGGAAUAGGGCGAGGAUCAGUACGAAGAGUGGGUACGAGAGACGGAUUGAGAAUAGGUUGAGAGGCGCGAAGGCGAAUGCGAAGAAGGGGCCGAAAGAGGAACGGACGAGGCUGGAGAGGGCGGAUAGUGAGAGCGAGUUUGAAGGCUUUGAUGCUUGAGGGGCGUGGCUCUUCAAUUGAUGUGGUGAAUUUGAUAUGACCUCGUUGGGUUACUGUCGCUGGAAUUAACGUGUGGAAUCGGUUGUGCCGUGAUGAUCAACAUAAGUCACCGUCAACCAUGCAGGCGUACCACUACCU